AAUGAAGCCCAUCUCCAUGCCGCCAUGAGCUUUCGACCGGCUAUUUCGCGGUCAAUUGCGAUACAAGAUGCAAACACAGUAUGUGUACGAUGCUGGCGAAGGUUCGCUCGAACGCCAACGCCUUCGAGGCAGCCGUUUUCCACGAUUCGGUCGCAUAACCAAGGCGCGGUAGUUGGCGGGAAGAGCAGGAAUACAUUCAGCAAGGAAUACUUCCGGGCCAAUCCAAUACUCAAGGAGACAUUCUGGAGUUCAAGACGAGAAUUGCAGAGCUCAAUUGGCGCUGUCGGGCCAGGAGCAGGACAUCAAGCGACAAAGGAGCCAGCUACAGCUACAGCUACAGCAUCGGCAGAACAGAUCCUUCCUCAUAGGCGGAGAAAGAAGGCAAAAGAGCAGGCAGUGGAAAACCCCGAAACCGCAUACCCUAUCGCGCCAGAUGCAUCGUCGAAGCUAGCAACACUAUCUUCCAGUCUUCCGCAGCGAUCCCUCAAGCGGGUAUUCACUACUUACCUCUCGCUGUCGAAACCGCGCCUCUCUUUCCUAGUCGUCCUCACAUCGACCGCCGCAUACUCGUUAUACCCAGUGCCUGAGCUGCUUGCACCCGCUGCAACGUCCACGUCGUCCCUCUCGACGCUUACAUUGCUAUUCCUCACAUCUGGCACAGCGCUAUGCUCAGCAUCUGCAAAUGCCUUCAAUAUGCUCAUGGAACCCAAAUUCGAUGCACAAAUGAGCCGCACGCGCAAUCGACCGCUCGUCCGAAAACUCAUCAGCACACGAGGCGCCAUCGUCUUCGCCGUAGCGUGUGGAAUUGUGGGCACCGGCGCUUUGUACUACGGCGUCAACCCUACCACCGCCUUCCUUGGCGCAGCGAACAUCCUCCUCUACGCGGGCGUAUACACUCCAAUGAAACGCAUGUCAGUGCUCAAUACAUGGGUUGGCGCAAUAGUAGGAGGGAUUCCUCCGCUGAUGGGCUGGACGGCCGCAGCAAGCCAGUAUGCGCAUGAUGGGACAUGGGAAGAGCUGCUGUUUGGGGAGGGCUCCGCUGGCGGCUGGCUCUGUGCUGCGCUUCUGUUCGCCUGGCAAUUCCCUCACUUCAAUGCGCUGAGUUGGUCUAUUCGCGAAGAGUAUAAGAACGCUGGCUAUCGCAUGUUAGCCUGGGUGAACCCUGCACAGAACGGGCGCGUAGCAUUGCGAUAUGCUAUCCUCAUGUUCCCAGUUUGCAUUGGCCUGUCAUAUUGCGGCGUCACAGACUGGAGUUUCAUUGUCACCAGCAGCGCUAUCAAUGGCUGGAUGGCCAUGAAGGCGUGGCACUUUUGGAGGGCGAAUGGACACAAGGGAACGGCAAGGGCAUUGUUCUGGGCCAGUGUCUGGCAUCUUCCGGUUGUGAUGGUAUUAGCGAUGGCUCAGAAGAAGGGCUUAGGAGAACGAGUGUAUCGCAGCCUGUUCGGGUACUCUGAGAUAGAUGACGAGGAUCUGUACUACGAAGUUGGCGAGCUUGAAGAUGAAGCGGUGCGGAGAGUUUAGGGAAGGCAUCAGCUUACUAUGUUUGUGAGUCUGCCACCUUACACCGCGAUUCCAUGUACAGUAAACACAGUGGCAGUAUGCACUCGAUGGGAGAAUUAUGCUCCUGGUUUCCGGCUCGUCACCGCUAACAUGUCGACCAACAGGUACCUGUUUCAAUAUCUUCGUUGUACAUAUUUCAUCAAUACGCAUCUAAAUGGCCGCAUUCGAAAGACAUACUUUUUGUGCCAAUUUUAUGUAAGCA